UCAGCACGUAUGGGAAUGCAUAAAGCUUCGUGUGUGACGUCACUGCUGCUGCUGGGGGCGCUGGUGGCCUACGCCGCGGCCUCGGCCAGCCUCAGCACCCGCUACGACCAAACCAGUGGCCGCCUCGUCAUCUUGCUGACAGAAGACGGCAAGGAGGAGGAGGUGGGCUACGUCACGGCGCCGAGCGACGGGUCCGCCCCCAUGGCGUGUGAGGACGGCCGCUCCGACGAGGACUGCCUGCAGUUCACCGACUCCAGCAUGGCCGUCCGCCACAGGACUCUGGACGACCGCUGCCUCGACAUCAAGGUGUCGGCCAAGUCUUCCACGAGGUCCAUCAGAGGCUGCCUCAGCCACCGGGGCGCCCACAUCUACGGCGGAAUCCAGAAGGCCCAGCAGACCUGGCCCGCAGAGUCCGACGUGUUCGACCACUUCUCCUACGUCCCCAAGAAGGAAGACAAAGUGGGCAUCGCCGUCCGCUACUGGCUGUUCUCCGACGGCAGAUUCGUCCACGUCCCGCCGUACGUACCGCUUUUCGUAGAACAAAAUACGAACGACUCGAAGGAUGCGCUGUGUUUCAUUGCGGAGAACGCCGAUCCCUACCCCACACGACGACAAGGCAACGUUUUGGAAUUCGACCUGUGCACGUACGAUAACGUGAAGCAGGCGCACGAAUACGCAAUCGAGAACUUCCUCGGCAAGCCGGAAGCAAUCCCAGACGAGCGCAUGGCCACGCACCCCGUCUGGUCGACGUGGGCCCGCCACAAGAAGGACAUCGACGACGCGACGGUGAGGCAGAUCGCCGCAGACAUCAUCGCCCACGGCUUCAACGAGAGCCAGCUGCAGGUGGACGACUACUGGGAGAGCUGCUACGGCAGUCUCACCUUCGACACAGACAAGUUCCCCGACGUGAAGACGAUGGUCGACGACCUCCACAAGCUGGGCUACCGCGUCACCCUGUGGGUGCACCCGUUUGUGAACCAGGACUGCGAGCCCUACUACUCGCAGGCACUGGCCAGCGGAUACUUCGUCACCAGCGCCAACGGCACGGUCGACACCCAGUGGUGGAGAGGUGUGGGCGGCGUCAUCGACUUCACCAACUCCGAGGCAGCAGCUUGGUGGGCGUGCAGAGUCUGGGCACUGCACAAGGCGACCGGCAUCGACUCGUUCAAGUUCGACGCCGGAGAGACCAGCUGGCUGCCGUACGAGUCGACCAUCGAGCCCCUCGAGCUGAACCCGGUGCGCUUCACCGACGACUACGUGAGGACGGUGUCCCAGUUCGGCCCCCUGAUCGAGGUGCGGUCCAGCGUGCGCAGCCAGCAGCAGCCGGUCUUCUUCCGCAUGUUCGACAAGCACAGCAGCUGGAGCGCCCAGAACGGCCUGCGCACGCUCAUCCCCUCGCUGCUGCACAUGAACGUGGUCGGCCACCCGUUCGUGCUGCCCGACAUGAUAGGCGGCAACGUCAACAGCGGCAACGGGCCCGACAAGGAGCUCUACAUCCGCUGGCUGGAGGCCACCGUCUUCAUGCCGGCGCUGCAGAUGUCCAUCGCGCCCUGGGACUUCGACGACGAGACGGUUGAGAUCGCCCGCAACAUGACGUCGCUGCACGUGCAGUACGCGCCGCGCAUCGUGGAGCUGAUGAAGCAGACGGUGCAGGACGGCAGCCCCGUCAACCUGCCCCUCUGGUGGCUCGACCCCACCGACGACACGGCACUCACCGUCGACUCAGAGUUCCUUCUGGGGGAGGAUAUCCUUGUGGCGCCGGUGGUGACCCACAGCACAACUGCACGUGACAUCUACCUGCCCAAGGGCAACUGGAGGGACGAGGUGGACCCAGCUCACCCCGUCAUAGAAGGCCCCACCUGGCUCCGCAAAUACCCUGCGCCGCUCAACACUCUGCCCUACUUCACCAGAGUCAGCUCUGCAUAAGGCCGCCGAUUGAAGAUGCAUACUGUGCAGUCGUUGUACAAAUUAAAUGAAGUGAA